AUGUCCGGCAAACUGAACAUAUUCUUCACUGGAGUCACAGGUUAUAUAGGGGGUAGUGUCCUUUCACGCCUCCUCAAACAUAAGGACGCCGCCUCGUUCCACAUCACUGCACUCGUGCGCUCCGCCGACAAAGCGGAAAAGCUUAAGACCCUUGGGGUUGACACCAUCAUUGGAUCAUACACCGAUGAGGAUCUUACCUUUUUGAAAGAAGCGGCCUCUAAGGCUGAUGUGGUUAUCACUGCCGUUGACUGCGACAACCUUCCUGCUGCCCAAGCCAUCCUCGACGGGCUGAAGUUGAGGUACGAAGCAUCUGGCAAGGCCCCGAUCUUGAUUCAUACAUCUGGCACAGGCCUCCUUAUAGAUGAUGCUCGAGGCCUCAGUAGCGAGCACAUUCAUUAUAGCGACACUGAAACAGAUAAGCUCGACGCUCUUCCCGUGACUACGUUGCAUCGGAACGUAGACAUCCCCAUCUUGGAAGCAGGCUACAUCAAGGCGUACAUCGUUGCUCCGAGCGCCGUCUUUGGAAGGCCUGAAGGACCUCUUAUUGAACUCGGAAUUCAAAACGGCCACACUAUGGUGAUUCCAUGGCUCGCCAAAGCAUCCAUCGCACGCAAACAGGGAGGAUAUAUUGGCAAAGGGUUGAAUGUAUGGCCAGCAGUGCAUGUUGAAGACAAUGCCGAUCUGUACCUCAUUCUGUUCGACGCUAUUCGAGCCAAUCUGGACAAAGUCCCUCGUGGCUACUACUUUACAGAGAAUUUCGACUAUUCCUCCCUUGAGGUCUCCACCGUGAUCGCGGAGACUUUGGUCAAACUGGGUAUUAGCACGGACUCUAAACCCAGCGGCUUCACUGUUGAAGAGGGCGAGAAAUACUUUGGGGCUUUCUGGCCUCUGCUUGGCACCAAUUGCUAUGCCAAAGCCGACCGCGGCCGAGCUUUAGGUUGGAAACCCAAGUACGGAAAGGAGGCAUUUUUCGCCGACGUCAAGUCGGAAGUGAAGUUCUUCGCAGAGCAGCAGCAGUAG